GGAAAAGACAAUUUGCAACUACCUAUUGCGCCUUUGCGUCAGAAGUGAUAUAGCUCAUUAUAUGGCCCUCUCAAUAUUGUUUAGAAAAGUCUUGGAAGAAUCUAGAAGUGCUUCCAAGUUUGUGUGUCAGCACGGCAAUAUAGUCCCGCUACAGUAUGAUGAUGAUCUACUAUACUGCAGUUGCUGCUGAGCACAUCAUCUUCAGACCCACAAUGAGCUGCUGUCAUGGCAACUGUGUAUGACUGGCAGAAAACAGACUGCUGUCUCUGAGCUCCGGUUAACCUGGAGGGUUUAGAGCAUAAACACACUCCUGGGCAGAUCAAGAGCUGUGAUAUUGAGACACCAGGGCAGCCACAGACUGAGUAGCGGUGGGGGGCUUCUAGUUGCCUUCACAGGACAACAAUGCACCAUCGAGCAUAUCAACCCCUGCUUCCCACUGGGAACAAAUACCUUCAGCAGAAAUGGGACAAGACUUUGUAUGAUUUGCACAGGAGUAAGGUGAAGUCAGCUAAACCAACAGUAAACAUGACUCCACCAAAGACCUAUGGUCACCUGGCUGUUAAGUUGAAGAAAGAAAAGCUCAGAGAGGAUUGGACAAUGAAGAUUGAAAGGGAAAAUGAUAUGCUCAUGAAGAAAAUAUCGCACAUCAUGAUGACAACAGGAGGAGUGGACAACAGGAAUUAUUAUGACAGAAAAAGCCUUGGGAAGGAGAAGCAACAGCUGGAGUUACUCCGUAUUACCAGGGAGAAUCAAAUGAUUCUGUUCCGUCUGAGCCAGUGCAGACCUCACUAUAAUGUAAGAGUUUGGCAUGAGGACUGGCUCAAAACUCUUAAUGUGAUGGACAGCAUUACACGUUACCCACACAGAAGAGCAAAUCAGCAGAAGAAAGAACAAAAAUUGAGCAAGCAGAGCAGUGAUUGUGAUGAAGAACAAAACAUACGAACUGAUACAAACACAUACAGCCCUGCAAGCAACAAGACAAAUGGUGAAGCAGAAUCUGAGGAAACUGAAAACUGGACAGAAACCAACAAGAAAGUGGAGAUACAGCAGGACACAGAUACACAGCCUUUUUCUGGAUUGAAUGGACUUGGGAAAUCCAUCUCACCAGAUGCUUCUGAAAAUGCAGGUUCUUCUGACACAAUUCAAAUUACAACAGAUAAACACCCACACUCUGUUGAAAAGGUUUUUCCUCCUGAUGGAGCUGAAAUGUCCAAUACACCUCAUACACCUAAAACACACAAACAGGGGACCACAAGCACAGAUGAAGGAUAAAAUACCCUGUU